AAUUAAUUGGCUACCAUCUUUCAAAGUACAGAAUGUGAACAGUGCUUUUGAAUCCACAAAUCCCAUUAAUAUGUGUAUAGCCCGCACACAGAGUUAAUUAGCUACCUCAACACCCUAAGGAAAAAUAAAUGGCUACCUUUGAAAUCUCUCUACUCUCUUUGUUCUUCAUCGUCUCCUACUUGGUUUUCUUCUUUCCUCGUAUAUCUGCUGACAGUAUCAUAACAUGCCCGAAAACAAGCUGUUUACACGGCGAACAACCGGUUCGCUUCCCUUUCCGACUGAAAAACCAGCCCUCCGAGUGCGGAUAUAGAGGUUUUUCUCUCUCAUGCGACAAACACGGCCGACCCAUUCUCAGUCUUCCAUAUGCCGGAGACUUCAUCGUACAAACGAUCGAGUACGAGAAACAAUCAGUUUGGAUCAACGAUCCAGAUAACUGUCUACCGGGAAGGUUCCUAAAACACGAAUUCAACAUUUCGAACUCGCCUUUUUCGGCAUACAAUUACCAUCAAGUAAACUUCACCUACCUCAACUGCUCGUCCAACCAAACGUCGUCGUUGCCUUUCGCGUAUUACAGUAUUGAUUGCUUGAGCAGUAAAGAUUACAAGGUCUAUGCUAUACCGACGAUCUACGCUGAUCCGUAUAUAUCGCCAUCGACGGUGGAAUCUCAGUCGCCUUCGCCGUCGCCGUCGUCUUCGUGUUCGGUGAUCACAACGGCUUUGAUUCCUAUGCCGCGGCUGCCGGAAGGGUAUCUGGACAUUGAUAUAGAGUUGACGUGGGAGGAUCCGAAAUGCGGCGACUGCGAAGCACGUGAUGGGAUCUGCGGGUUCCGUGCGAAUGAAUCCAACAAAGUUGUUGCUUGCUCUGUUCCUGCUAAGAGCUCAAGUGGAGAUCUUUCAAGAGCAGCAAAAUAUGGCAUAAUCCUAGGAGCUGCAAUACCUGGAAUUUUGUGCGUAGUUGCAUUUGGAAGCUUUGUUUCUGGUAAGGUCAGGGAAUACAGGCAGCGCCGCAAUCCCAACUUUCCGGCCACAACCACCAUAGAUUACCCGGCUCCGAUUGUUGUUGUAGCGGGCCUUGAUGGGCCAACCAUCGAAUCAUAUCCGAAGACUCUGCUAGGCGAGAGUCGUCGAUUACCCAGGCCCAAUGACAACACUUGCCCAAUUUGUUUGUCUGAGUAUCAGCCCAAAGAUACUUUAAGGACUAUUCCGGAAUGCAACCAUUAUUUCCAUUCAAAUUGUGUGGACGAAUGGCUCAAAAUGAAUGCGACUUGCCCGUUGUGCCGAAAUUCACCAGAAGCUUCCUCUGCUAUUACCCCUUCUUCCUCAGUUUCUUCCGGCACUCGUUCUUCGUCGAAUUCGUCUUCUUCGCUAGCAUCACAGUAGAACAAUAUUGAUUUUUCAUAUUCAAUUCUCUUUUUUGACCGUCAAUUAUUCAAGAUAUAUUGUAAUGUUUGAUUUUGUACAUAUCAUAUUUUGGGGUGGUAUUCAGAUAAUAAUUGUGGUGUGUUCAUAUAAAUAUAUGCACCUAAUUAAAUUAGUGUA